AUGCCCGGCAAGCGGAUCGAGGGCCAGCUGAAGUGCGUCGCCGUGGUGGUCGGCGAGGCUCUCCAGCUCAGGCAGGGCCACGCCGUGCUCGACUGGGGCAGCGGGUGCGGUUGGUUCCUCACGUGGCUGUGGGCGCUGUUCGGCGCCAGGGGAUACGGCAUCGACGCGUCGCCGGCGAUGCUCGGGUGGGCCCAGGAGUACUCGCAGGGCGAUUUCUGCCAGUGGAGCGCCCUGGACCUCCGCUGGGUACCAGAUGCGUCCUUUGACGCGGUGACCUCCUAUCGGUCUGGGCACUCUACCAUUUGCCGUCGGUGUGGCACCAGUGCAAAUUGGCGCGCCAGCUGAUCCUGAAGCUUCGACCAGGUGGCAGGGCUUGGUUCGGCGGGAACGUGCCCAGCCCGGUGCUCCGCAUCGCGGGGGAGGUCCCCUUCACCAGGGACCAGUGGCAGCGCUGCCUGGAGCGCGCGGCGCGGCGGCACAGG